AAAUCGACAUCAGACUGCGGCUCCGUGUGGUUCUGGAGGUGGAAACAGUCGAGUCUCCUCAGUCACCCGCCGGCGCCGCCUCCUCUCCGGUCUGCAGCGGAGGACACGGGACAGACUUCUGCACGAAGACACGGGGGAAGGGCUACAGAGAGGAGUCCAAUGCUGCUAGGUCUAGGUUCUCCACGAGGACUCGUCCAGGCUCCAUCACCACUUGCUGACCAACACCCUUUGGAGGCUGCUAUGUCCGUCUGAGCCCACCGAUCCUGCUGCAGUCAUGGCCCGACAGAGCACUGCGCUGGCCCGUUGCUAGGUGGCAGGGCAUCCGAGAGGGCAGAAGACAUGUUGGGACAGAGGCCCGGAGACCACUGCACUGAAUUCUGUUACUGUAGCUGCUGUAGUAACCAUGGAAACGCUACAGAGGGCUGGUCUGGUCUGCAUUGUCAUCGUCAUCGCGGUUGCCACCGGGGCCGAAGGAGGUCAGAAAAAUGAGUUCUCCCAGUCGCAAGCUGCUUUCCUGUCCAAUCUAGGUGGUUAUGAGAUUGCCAUCCCGGUCCGCGUCGGACCCCACGGCGCGGCGCUGGACACAGAACCUCGUCACAGAAGGAGCCGCAGCACUGAGGACGGACUGCCCGACUCUCUCUUCUACCAGCUGUCCACUUCACGCAACAACUUCCUGCUUAACCUCACGCUGCAGGGAGGCCUGCUGUCGCGACAGUUCAGGGUGGAGUACUGGAAGAAAGGCCGAUUGGCCUGGAGUCAUCCGUACUCUCCCCAUUGCCACUACGUGGGACACCUCCAAGACCAGCCGCACUCCAGCAAAGUGGCCCUCAGCAACUGCAAUGGCCUGCAGGGGGUGAUUGUUGCAGGGGGAGAGGAGUACCUGAUUGAACCCCUUGUCUCACCAGAUAACCAGACCGGCACUGAGAAGGGGGAGGAGUCUGAGGCGCGUCCCCAUGUGGUUUACAAGCGCUCGUCGCUCCGCCAUCAGUACAAGGGCCAGUCCUGUGGAGUCAUAGAUGAGAAGCCGAUGAAAGGUGCGUCAUGGUGGCAGAGAACUCUGAAGACGCCUCCGCACCACGUGGGCCGCGGCCAGCUGCCUCUGAAGCGCUCCGUUAGCCGGGAGCGCUACGUGGAGACGCUGGUGGUGGCCGACAAGAUGAUGGUGGGUUACCAUGGCCGCAGGGACAUCGAGCAGUACAUCCUGGCCGUCAUGAAUAUUGUUGCCAAACUGUUCCAGGAUUCUAGCCUGGGGAAUGCAGUCAACAUUGUGGUUACGCGGCUCGUUCUGCUCAUGGAAGACCAGCCAACGCUAGAGAUCAACCACCAUGCAGGGAAGUCUUUAGACAGCUUCUGUAAGUGGCAGAAGAACAUUCAGCACCGGAGCAGCUACGGUAACGCCAUACCAGACAACGGGAUCGCUCACCAUGACACUGCUGUGCUUAUCACCAGAUACGACAUCUGCAUCCAAAAGAACAAGCCCUGUGAAACCCUAGGUCUGGCCCCUGUAGGAGGGAUGUGUGAGCCAGAGAGGAGCUGCAGCAUCAAUGAGGACAUCGGCUUGGGGACGGCCUUCACCAUCGCCCACGAGAUCGGACACACGUUCGGGAUGAACCAUGACGGGAUGGGGAACGCCUGCGGGCCCCGCAGCCAGGAGACCGCCAAGCUGAUGGCUGACCACAUCACCAUGAAGACCAACCCGUUCAUCUGGUCCGCGUGUAGCCGGGAUUACAUCACCAGCUUCCUGGACUCAGGAAUGGGCUCCUGUCUGAACAACGUCCCUCCCAAGCAGGAGUUUGUGUACCCCACCACGGCACCGGGUCAGGCCUACGACGCAGACGAACAGUGCCGCUUCCAGUACGGCGUCAGAUCUCGACAAUGUAAAUACGCGGAAGUCUGCAGUGAACUUUGGUGCAUGAGCAAGAGCAACCGUUGCAUUACCAGCAGCAUUCCCGCUGCAGAGGGAACUAUCUGUCAGACAAACACCAUCGAGAAAGGGUGGUGCUACAAGAGGGUGUGUGUGGCGUACGGGACGCGUCCAGAGGGCGUGGACGGGGGCUGGGGGCUGUGGUCCCCUUGGGAGGAGUGCAGCAGGACCUGUGGAGGGGGAGUCUCCUCGUCUAUCAGACACUGUGACAGCCCCAGGCCAACUAUUGGAGGAAAGUAUUGUCUGGGGGAGAGAAAGCGCUUCAGGUCCUGCAAUAUUGACGAGUGCCCUGCAGGCUCCAAGGAUUUCCGGAUUAUUCAAUGCUCUGAUUUCGACAGCGUUCCUUUCCGGGGAAAGUUUUACACCUGGAAGCCAUACAGAGGGGGUGGGGUUAAGCCCUGUUCUCUCAACUGCUUGGCAGAAGGAUACAACUUCUACACCGAGCGUGCUCCAGCUGUGGUGGACGGCACGCCUUGCCGAGACGACUCUCUGGACGUGUGUGUUAACGGAGAGUGUAAGCACGUGGGCUGUGAUCGAGUUCUGGGCUCGGAGGUUCGCGAGGACCGCUGCCGGGUCUGCGGGGGGGACGGGAGCAGCUGCGUCUCUGUGGAGGGGCUUUUCAACAACUCGCUGCCCGAAGGAGGUUAUGAAGAGGUGGUCAGAAUUCCUAAAGGAUCCGUGUUUAUCCACCUACAAGAGCUCAACAUCUCCCUCAACUACCUUGUGCUGAAGAGCAAAGGAGACCAGUAUUUCAUCAACGGGAAGCUGACCAUCGACACGCCUCGCAGAUUCAAUGUUGCGGGCACCACCUUCCACUACAGGCGGCCCACCGAUGGACCAGAAACUCUGGAAGCCCUGGGGCCCACCAACAUGACCCUGAUUGUCAUGGUGCUGGUGCGGGAGGAGAACCCGGGGAUCCACUAUCGCUUCAACCCCCCCCAGUACAGGGAACCUCUCACUGGCUUUGCCUGGCACCACACCUCGUGGUCACGCUGCUCAGCUCUCUGUGCCGGAGGUGUGCAGACGCAGCAGGUGGUGUGCAGGAAGCAGGCGGACCACUCGGUUGUCUACAAUCACUUCUGUGACAAGAAGAUCAAACCCAAGGAGAAGAGAAGAUCCUGCAAUACUGAGCCGUGCUCCCCAUCCUGGCGGACCGGCGAUUGGUCGGACUGCAGCCGCAGCUGUAACAGCGGCCUGCAGACGCGGGAGGUGUUGUGUAAAAGGAGGAUCUCGGUGGCGGAGGAGAAGGUGCUGGACGACUCGGCCUGUGCAAGCCCCCGCCCUUCUCUCACUGAGCCCUGCAGCAACCAAAGCUGCCCCCCUGAGUGGCUGGCCCUGGCCUGGUCAGAGUGUACGCCCAGCUGUGGUCCCGGCUACAGGCACCGUGUGGUCUUGUGCAAGAGGGGUGAGAGCGGUGAGAGUCUGCCAGACUCCAAAUGCUCCAAACAUGGCCGGCCCACCUCCAGGGUGCGCUGUAACCUGCAGCGAUGCCCCCCCCCUCAGUGGGUGACGGGUCCCUGGGGAGAGUGUUCUGCCAGGUGUGGUCUGGGUCAGGAGAUGCGUUCGGUGCAAUGUCUGACCCCCAACGGCCAGCCCUCCAAUGAGUGUCUGGAGCAUCAGCGGCCGUCGGCCAUGCAACAGUGCAAGAGCAAAUGUGACCUCAGUCUGCCCAUCAGUACAGACAACCCUGAAGGCCAAAUGUCGGGAGGAUUUAUGUCAUUCCAUACAAGUCGUAUAAGUCUGAACAAUAAAGAGUGUAAAGAUGUGAACACUGUGGCCUACUGCCCCCUAGUGCUCAGGUUCAAGUUCUGCAGCAGACCAUAUUUCAGACAGAUGUGCUGCAAGACCUGCCAGGGACACUGACCUGGACCCUGUGGAGCUCACAGCAUGGGGUUCAUGAGCCUGAAGCCCCGAGCCUGCUCACAGCAGCCCUCACACUACCCCUGGCAGAGGAGCGUGAGACCUCACCUGGACCCCUUCAGACUGACACCUGGUCCGUUUACUGUUAAAGUGGGACCCUUUUUUUUUUUUUUUAACCAAGGCGACUCUCCGGGCCGAACUCUGCCAAAACAGCCAGAGCCGCCGCGUUUGACAUUCCACUGGAGGGAGGGAGGGAUAGACGUGGUCUUUCUUCCUAACUCUGUUGUAAUAUUUGGUGCUACUAUACUUCUCCUGGUCGCAGCACUCUUCUCAAACCUUGACGUGAACAGGUGGUAUUUGUUUUAGUUGUAAAAUCCACUUUGUAAAGGAAAUAGUUUUUUUUUUUUUUCACAUUUGUUUGGUGGCGAGGAGGAAUAUCUGAUGCUAUACAAUGAAAGAUUUGUUUUUACGUUAUCACUUUGUUUCAUGGCUUCGUAUCAAUGUAUUUUUUUAGGUCCUCGCUUUUAUUCCGCUGAAGUAAGAGCAGAGUUGGAUUUGCACAGUGUCAGCAGUCAGAGGACUAAUGUAGUGAUGUGUUUUAUGUUCACUUAGUGUCUCUGUGGGAGUCUUCUAUAAGAAUCUGAAUCUGUGGAAGCUUUGAAGGUCUCAAAGCGGCGUGGUCAUGCCAUCUUGGUUAGUUUGCUUAAAUGUUAUCAUGUUGAGUAAAACACACUUCCACCGUGCUCUGUCACACAGACACACUUCUUUAGUAAUGAAGCCAGUGCCGACUCACGCUCUUUUCUAGCUUGGGCAAAGAAUCUUAUAAAAAAACUGAACUGGGCUCGGUGUCGUUAUCUGAAAGUCCACGAGCGCUGUCCUUCCUUUCUUCUUGUUGGAUCAUUUUGCCACGUGUUACUGCUCAUUUGAAGGUGCUAAUAACGUUAUCACAAUAUUCACACUCUCUCCGAACUGCUGAGGGAAAUAUCUGACGAUUUAACUGCUAAGCGCCCCGUGGUGUGUAACUCUGUCCAGUGCCGGGUACGCAGUGCUUACAACAGUCAGAGCUUUUCCACUGAAACGGGACAGCUGAACAAUCUGCUGGAAUAAAGUACCAUGAAGUCCAGAGCAUUUGCAGACUCAGGUGAUGAUUGUCUGUAGAUGAAUCACUCGUACAUCCUCAUUUUGUACAUCGAUGGUGUAUAAAUAUUGGUAUUGCUGCGCUAUUGGAUCAACGCAGUUUGAUACUAAAAUUCUCUAAAACUGCAAAACCCCUGUGUGAGCUCUCGAAGGUCCAGUGAUUAUGUCGACCCUUAAGGUCAUUAGAAAAAUGUCAACUCACCUAAAUUUGUGUAAGUCUGUUUUUUUAUUUUUUAUAUGGAGUAAAUAAAAAUGCAGAUUUAGCUGUUUCUCCGUCCUAAACAAUAUUAGAAAUGCUGCCUAAGCUGCUUUAGAGAUCAGUCAUCACUGUGUGAGGCUUCUUGUGGUGCUAUCAGUUCACUGUUGUUGUCAUUGUUAUUUUUUUUAACAAGUGUGCUUUUAAUUAUUUUUUGUGCUUUCUGUUCUACUAAUCUGCAGAUUUGGAACCUUGCCUUUGAGGCUCCUCUAUGGGCCCCAUGGUUCAUUUCUAUCAAAAUAUAUGCUUUUACUUUCCACCCUCGCAUGUGGUUGAUGUAGCCACUCGUCAAUCAAAAUCCACAAGAUACUGCUAACCAUGCAAAUUGUUGAAUUAGGUCAAAUACUGGAACAAUCCAAAGGGGCAACAUUUCCAAGCUAAAUUAUUUUUUUUAACAAUGAAAAUGAACCAAUGGUUGAGGCAUUAACCAGACGUUUGACUUUCCGGAAUAAAAGUAGGUUAUGAGGAUCUGACAGUCAGAUGGUAUGCUAACCCACCCAUGGGAAUAUUAUGUGAUUUUAUAUGUUCGCAGAGUUCAUUUAUAUGACAUCAGUGUGUGCGGUCACGUCACACACAAUUUUCCAUGACUGAACAUCUUGAAAUACCAUUUGUAUAAUUUUCAGUUGCACAUAAAGUUUCAGAAGAGAUUUAUAUUUUAGUGUCUGAAAGGCAUUUUAUUCUAUGUAUCUACCUGUGCUUAUAAUUAAGGUUAACACUAAGAAGAUGGACAGUACCGGUAGUUGUCAUUUUAUUUUGUCACAUGCUGAUUAUAACAUGACAUGAACGCUAUGUUUUCAAUAGUAUAGAAGAUGACUCCAUUUGCCCCCCAUGUACAUCUGUUUAAAAGGAAAUAUUAAAUUGAUUUAAACAUGGUGCAUUGUUGAUUCCAAUAAAUCCGA